UUUUUUUCACUCGCGCAACACGUUUUCCGUUUGUUUGCCUUAAAUUACAAAAAUAUUGACUGUCAUUUGAUAAUUUUGCUUAGGUAGUGUGCAUUACAUUUUGUGAUUUGUUUGUGUAGCAUACCAUUGUUGAAUAUUGAUUUUGCUGAGAACGAAAUUGAAAUUUUCCUGAAGAAAAUAAAACGAUGAAAAAAUUACGAACCGAUACUGAAGUGGAUUUGAAAUUAUUUCAUGAUGAUUUAAAAGAUAUUGAUCGGGAAUUUAUCCAAAACAUCGUAUCGAUUUAUAAAAUAUCAACAAGUUUUGAUGAAAUGGGUUUUCUAUUUAUGACCAACAAUGCUGCCUAUGCUUAUGGUUGUGAAAUAUGCGAAUGGUUAUCGUUACAACAUGAUCCUAAACAACCACAAAAGAUUGAAAUUUUGAAUAAUAAAAAAAUUAUUCAAAUCGAUUCAGGUGACGGUUUUGUUGUCGUCUUAACUGAUGAUGGACUAGUGUAUCUAGCAAGUGGUGAUAUUGAAUGGCAAACUAACAAUACUUUUCGAUUGAUCUCGACCUGUGAUGAUGAUCAUUUUGAAAUGAUAGCAUGUGGGUGCUAUUAUUUGUUGUUAUUACGANUGUGGAGUCUAGGCGAUACAAAGGACCGAACAACACCAUCAUUGCUUUCAUUUCCUGAUGGUUCGAUUAAUAGUCCAAUCAAAAAUAUUGCGGCCGGCUUAUGGCAUUCGCUAGUUUUAUUGGAGGAUGGUCAGAUUUUUGGUUCUGGUCAACGUUCUAUUAAUGAUGAUAAGCAAGAUUCAAAAGUGCCGACAAAAUUACCGAUUGAAAAUGUGCUAAGUGUGGCUUGUACGAAUGAUCUCUUACUUUCAUUUUUUUUGGAUCAAUCAUCCCAUUAUUAUGUAUUGGGUAAUUUAUAUGAUGAAAAUGAAGAUGAUGAAGAAGAAGAAUUGGUCCCGCUCAAAAAAUUGAAUGGUCGACCGGAAUCAUUCGCAGCUGCAUCAGCAAUAGUAUUCACAUCACCAAUCACUUUUGGCCUAACAUCAACCAUCUAUUCAUACGAAUCGAAUGAUCCAAUAUCAUUUAUUGAAUUAUUGGAUAAUCCAGACAAUUAUGAUAUCGAAUUUAUCAUCGGCGACAAACGUAUAUUGGCUUCCAAAUGUCACCUGAAAAUUUCAUCAAAAUAUUAUAGUCGAAUGUUUUCGGGUCAAUGGCAAGAAAAUAAACAAGUGAUCAUCAAAAAUUAUAGUUAUAAUGUUUAUUAUGCAUAUCUACGUAAAUUACAUUCUGGUCACAUCCGAAUCAAUCAAUCCAAUAUAAUCGAACUUAUUGAUUUGGCCAAUUGUUAUGGUGAUGAACAAUUAUUCAAACAUUGUCGAACAUUCAUACGAAAGAAUCUCAAUGAGAAUACUUUAUCCACUUAUCUUCCAUUGAUUGUCAAAUACGAACUGGAUGAUAUGCAUGACAAACUUGUAGAAUUAACAAUUGAAAAUGUUUUACCAAAAAUUACUAACGAUCUUUGUGAAAACAAAGAAAAUAUUACCCAAUUUUUAUUAUGGUUUUUUGAACAACAA